UUACAGCCCAGGUUCAGAUUGAAGGUGACUUCCUCCCCUGCUCUUUCUCUCUCCUGGAAGACCAGCCAAUGGAUAUGUUGCUUGGACUCGACAUGCUCAAAAGGCACCAGUGUUCAAUUGACCUGAAACGCAAUGUGUUAGUUAUCGGCACCACAGGAACAGAGACCCGCUUUUUAUCUGAAGCAGAGCUACCAGAGUGUGCCAGGUUGGCAUAUGGUGUUCCACGAGAUGAUCUUCAUCCUGAGGAGCUGGCAGAUGCAGAACUGGCUGAGGCACUACACAGAUCGGCAGAGGAAUCUGGACGCCGGCAUCACUGAUGCAUGUUGCACUUUGCUGCCCCUGAAGAUGAUCAUUGCCCAGGAAAAGAAAAUGGCAAAACUACCUCAUUGGAAAGCCCUUCAUUACCAGCACCUCAUCAUCUUCAUCUCCCACGUCCCGUUACAAGAAGUGACCUAUCUCAAGCCCCUAAAACCCAAAGUCAGUGGGACCGUUCACUUUCCGUCCCUGCUAGCCUUCCUUCACAAAACCAGAACAAGUUUGAACUUACAGGUGUAAAAAGCCUUCAGAUCACUCCUGAGUGCAUGGAAACACAGGCAGAAAAACAGGCACUGUCAGGAUCAUUGGACAAUAUAUUGACUCCUCUGUCUCCUGAUAAUCUGUCUGCUCCUUCUCAGGCAUCACUAGGGAAAAAGCACAUACCACAGUGUGAAAGCAGUAAUUGCAGCUCACAAAACCUCUUGAAGUAUCCAACUUCAAAUACAGAUGAUGAGUCUCUGCCAAAACAUGUCUUGCCAGACAUGAGUCCACAUGAGGUUGGCAUGGAAAAGGGUGACAUCACACAGGAAAACCAUUCUCUUCUAAAUUUUAGAACAAAAUCCCAGCUGGAAAGCAUAAACAAAGGAGGUUUGGAGGAACCACCAAUAAGAAAAGUUGAAGAGAUUUCUUCAGCUGUACAACCAAAUUGUGAUCCUGUGCCUGAUCUGGGUGUGGCUGACAGGUCAAUCCAACCACCCUCACCUGAACUGGCUUUUGCUGACAGUUCUUCUAACAUGGAUGAAAUGCAACAGCCCACUGAAAGUGGAAGGGAGAUUAAUGAUCCAGACAGCCACAUACAGCAAGUCACUGAGCCAUCAGACAUGGACCUUGAAAUAGCUGAAAAAGAUCUAUGUAGCUGUCAAAAGAGAAUUGAGGCUGAUGGAAAACCACCAUUUGAUUCUUUAACUGGGAACAUUGAAUUCUGUGGUGCUGAAAUUGUAAACUCUACUGAACAACAGGAAGAGGAAAUUAGACAUUCAGCAUCAAAAAACCAUGAAAACAGUUGCCAAAAGGUGGGGAAAGUCCAUAUUUCAGAUCAGGAAUUUGAGGAUGGACAUAUAAGUUCAAACUCCUCUAUUGCUCAGGUGGAUAUACCCAUUGAGUUUACUAGUCGCUGCGUGAGAGAAAAAUUUGAAGUUGCUCUUGAUGCUGAUAAACAGCAUGAAGAGGUACAUUUGUUUACCGAGAUUAAACAGUCUACCUAUCAGCAGGAUCAGACAUCAGACUCUGAUUCACACUUCUCCCCCGUAGCUACUUUAUUUAAAUUGCAUCGAGAGUUAGUCACCUCAUGUCAGGAUGCUUCCUUGAAGACAUCAGCCAGUUCAGAGGACAACUAUCAGUCAUAUGCAACAAAUCAGGAAGAAUGUGUUCAACCAAUGGAAGUGUCCGAAGAAUGUUCAGAUAAUGAUGCCCUGAACAGGAUGUGUCUUAGCACAGAACUGGAAACUCUUGUUGUGGAAAUGGAAAAAGAACCUUUGCUCACAGCUAAUUCUGAAGCUUCUUCCAAAAGAGAUAACAGUGUGGAAUGCUCCAAUGUAUUUCCAGAAAAACUUACCUCAGACGUGCCACAAGUUGAAUCUGAGGAGAUUUUUAUACAUGACGCAAAGGACAAGGCUACAGCUUUUAUUAUUGUGUCCAAGGAUCUAUCAAAGGAAAUGGAAGUUUCGCCCCCUGAGGAAUCAUUGCAAACCCAAGAAUUAUCAGUAAAGAGUAUGGUACAUACACCUGACACUGCAGCAGCUGAAAACAGCCAGAUGUCACAAAGUAGUGAGGCACAUUUGCAAGCGAUGACAGAUAAUGUGGUAUGUCCUUCAGAGGUCCCAGAUGUUUCAGCUGCUCCGAUGAUAUGCGAAGGGACUAUGGAAGCAAACGUGAAUCAGCCUGAUGGACAUUCUUUGGAUAGUCCUCUAGGACUGCAUUUUCCAGCUUUAUCAACCCAGAUUUUCCCAGCUGCAAAUGUUGAACGAAUAAGAAGAUCAGGAUUUACUCAGCAAGAAGCAAUCGAGGCCCUUGAACGUUUUCAUGGCAAUACAGAUCUGGCUCUCCUGGUUCUCCUUGCAAGAAAAAUUGUGGUUCCUAUCUGAAGCUGUCCAACAAGAUUCUGUAGGACAGUAAUAAGCUGGCACUGUUUCGACAUUUGGGCCUACAAAUGGGUAUCGGUCGAAAGGGAGCAAGUUUCAGACAGAAUCAUUAUUUUUGGAUGUUGUUGGGAAAAACCUGUUUUAAUUGUUGAUAUCAUCUGUCACUGGCAAACUGGUUAUUGUGGUCAAGUUUCAGCAACAUUAGUAUUUGAUUUCAGUGCCAUUCUGGAGUUACUACUUCACUCCGCAAUAUUCACUGAUAGCCCAUAAGCCUACCAACCCAGCUCUAUUUAAAUAUCAACCCUAAUGCUGUUUAAACUGCCUAUGAUUUUUAACUGAAUAUUCUCAAAGCUGGUUUGGCACAGCAAGGAGGAAGAAGGACAAAAGUAGCAGGUUUGAAUCCUUGGAAGAUGAUCUACGUGUACGUGCAGUAUUCAUGGUGGAAUCAUGUUAGAUUUAAAAUUUGUGCAAGGUCAGUAGUUGUCUACGUUGGAUUUGGGGGUUGCUUUAGGGUUUGGCUUAACCAGAGGGAGAAGUGGAAAGUCUCUAUCAUGUUUCCUCCAUAAAGUUCAUGUAUCUCACCUUCUGAGAACACAAAUUUUUAGAAUUAUUUUACUCUUUUAUAGCCUUUGUCAAAUCUGACACAGCAACACCACCUCUGCUGGACAUUUGUCACAUUUGAGGCACAUUCAGUAUUCACAGUUGGUUAAAAUUGUUUUAUGAAGGUGUUUGUGCAUUUUUUUCUUAAUUGACAGUAGUGAUGUUGCUGUAAUCUUCAAUGGCUGCUUAGUGCAACCUCUGGUCUUUGUUUUUUCUCUUUUUUUAAACCAAAUAAUUAAAAAAAGUUAUUGCCAAACAAA